AGGCGACGCGUCGCUGUCUGCCGCUGCAGAAGAGAUCAGAUGGGGAGAACAUUUUCAAAAAAUGGUCCCCAAACUUCAGGGCCUGGGUAAACUGGCAGGACACACUGCCGUCAGCUCGGACAGAGACUGUACUUGUGAAGGCUGCAGUGUCAACUAAUAACGAUGCAGUCCCUGCCCAUGGAAGUGGGAAGCAGCAGCAGCAGCUCGGCUCCCAGCGACACAUCAGACUCAGUGGUGCAGGUGUGCUUCCCCAGCGCUCAGGCCUCGGUGCUGGACAGCCUGAACCGGCAGAGAGAAGACGGCAGGCUCUGUGACCUCUCCAUCCACGUCCAGGGACAAGUGUUCAAAGCCCACCGCUGCGUCCUGGCUGCCUCCUCACCCUACUUCCAUGACCAGGUACUACUGAAGAACAUGUCUACAGUCUCCAUCCCAGCAGUAAUGGACCCGCUGGCGUUUGAGAGCGUGCUGAGCUGCGCUUACACCGGUCAGCUCCGGAUGCUGCGUGAAGACAUCGUCAACUACCUCACGGUGGGCAGCGUCCUGCAGAUGUGGCACAUCGUGGACAAAUGCACAGAGCUGCUGAAGGAGGGCCGGGCUGCAGCGGGAGGAGGGAGCAGUGCAGGAGGUGGCGUGCAGGAGGGAGCCAGUGCCGGAGGAGGUGGAGGGUCGGCUAACCUCGGGUGCAGCAGCAGCAAUGGUGACGGUGCUGCAGGCGGUGGUAAUGGAGCUGGUAGUGAUGGGGCUGUUGGUGGAGGUCAAGCCCAGGUGGUGGGGUCCAUUGAGCCCCAACCUGCCUCCCAACCUCCCAGCCGCCCAUCAGUGAGUGAGAGCCAGUCUCCCAGCAGCACCAACUACUUCAGCCCCAGGGAUGGGAGCAGCUUCGGAGGAAGCGGUGCGGCUGCAGCUGGGGCUUCGGCAGAUGGAGGUGGGGCGAGCAACACCCCCAGCUAUUGCACCCCAUCGGGAGGAGAGGAAGCCUUCCUUAUUGAAGAAGAGGAGGAGGAAGUAGAGGAGGAAGAGGAGGAGGUGUUGUACCACCAAAGGAAGAGAGGAAGAGGAGGAGGCAGCGGGAGGAGGAAGAAAAUGAGCUCAGUGUCAGAGCAGGAAGUUGGAGUCAGCGACAGCUUUGGUGUGUCUUCCUAUCAGGAUGGGGAGGACUCAGCGAUGCCGCUGCAGAAGCGUCCUACCUACAGCCAGCCCAGCAUUAUGCCCCGUAAACAGUGGGUGGUGGUGAAAACCGAGCGCAUGGAGGAUGACGACCUCAUCGUAGUGUCUGGGGAGGAGGGAGGAGAAGAUGAAGAGGACGAGGAUGAGCGGGAGAUGGAGUUGGCCAGAGAGAGGGAGAGAAGUGACUUCAACAUCUCCAACGUUAGGAGCCUAUCAGCUGAUCUGGGAGGCAGAGCGGAGAAUGACAUGGACUCACAGGUGGACUACUGCCAGUCUUCAGAAGACUACCUCAAGUUUGAAGGCAGUUUAAUGGACCAGACUUUAGCUCAGCACCUUCAUGACAGUGCAGCAAGUCAGAGCCAGAGUGCUAACCGUGCCGUUUCAGCACUGCUGGGCCAGGUUCAGUCUGCCGCCUCGGCCCGGGCCCAGCUUUUCCCCCUGGACAUGCAGGGGAACCAGAUCCUCCUCUAUAGCCAGGCCUCCGGGCUCUCUCUGGACACUGCCGCCCCUCCACUGGGGAUGGCAGGUGGUAUGAUAGGAGGAGCCCCUUUCAAAGGUCCCAGUCUGGAGCACGGUGCAGUCCACCUGUCGGUGCAGGGCGGUUUGGGAGUUGAUGGCAUAGACAGUGGGGGGAUUGGAGGGGGAAGUGGGAGUGGUGGCAGCAACAGCAGCACUGGGGGUUCAGGUAAAGUGUUUAUGUGCCACUGUGGUAAGACCUUCACCCACAAGAGCAUGAGGGACCGCCACAUUAACAUGCACCUGGACCUGAGGCCCUUCCACUGCCCCGUCUGUGCCAAGAAGUUCAAGAUGAAGCAUCACCUCACAGAGCACAUGAAGACGCACACGGGCCUCAAGCCGUACGACUGCCUCGGCUGCGGCAAGAAGUUCAUGUGGCGCGACAGCUUCAUGAGGCACCGCUCGCACUGCGAGAGGCGCAGUGGCCUGGGAGAGAGCGGGGAAGGUGGGAGCAACGGCGAGGGAGGGAGAAGAGGAGGAGGUGGAGGUGAGGAUGGAUCAGAUUUGAUUUCCUCCCCUCACCUCCUCCUUUCUGCAGGUGAAGGAGGACAGGGCGCUAUCCUGGGAGGAGGGAGAGGAGGAAUGUCUGUUUCUUCUCCACAUCUUUCCGGCACUGUUUUGUCGCCACAGCACACCGGCGUCUCAGCAACAGGAAGUAGCAGUAGUAACAACAGUGUAAGUAACAGCAGCAGUGCUGCUGUGAGCAACAACAUGGCCUCCGCAGGGGCGCUUCUAGGGGUCGUCUCCCAGAGUCCUGGUCAGGGAUCAGGGAUGUUUGCUGGUCUAGGAUUGGGUCGAAGUGUGUGUGAUGAAGACGUGUGUGAAGUCAGUGCCAAUGAUAGUAGCGUGACUUAAACCGCAAGUGUAUGUUAGGUCCAACGGGUGCCUCUUUGUGAGCAAACAGUCAGGCUUCUCGUUCCUGCUGCUGUUUUUACAAUAUAAUAAACUUCGAAGAAGCUCUUCUGAAAUACUUUUAACUGCCAACACUCAGCAUUUCAAGCAGGAGGUGUAUACUUUGUCAAGAGUGGGGAGAAUAGGAGAGGCUCCCGUUGGACACACAACCUGAAGAAGCUGUAAGUGUUUAUUAAAAAAUGGGCUUUGAGAUUCCAGUCGACUGUUGUGCUGCAAGGUUUCUGAAACAGACUUGUGGUCGCGCUGAUGCCAUCUUAAAUUAUACGCGAUCCUCACACCACAAAGGCUGUUGGAAACUUGCCUCCGAAAAGUGGCCUCAUUAGAAAUGGACCUUUUGUCUCAGUAAGUAAGCUAUUGUUUUCAAUAUCCCAGAUGUUAUCAAAGUUUAUUUUUUGGUUUUGUGGAAGAAUGCUUUGCGUGUCGAGAGGAAACCAAAAACGAAGAGACAGUGCUUCACUAACUGUUACUUUCUGUGGCAACAUUAUAGUGUCAGUAGAGUUAAAAAAAAUGGCUGUUCAAAUAGCUGUGAUUUUUUGCGGUGUUGUAUUAUAAAAUAUCACUGUCAUAUGGUUUAAAAAAAAAAAAAAAAACACAAAUCUGCAGGAGAAAAACUUACUCAACACAUAAUUCUACAAAGAAAAGAAGAAGCUACAAUUGCAGAUUUGUGUUUUUUUUCCCCUCACAGCAGCAGUGGUACAUAUUUUCCUCAGUGUCCCAUGUGACAGACUAAAUGUCAGCACUGCCAUGUUGUUUUAGAUGAUACUUCGGUGCUGCUUUGCUUGAAGCCCAAGCUGGAAUACAGUGAAAGGCACAAUCAUUUAUCCUCACCACAAGGGAACUCUGAUUGAUCCCAGACGUGCGUACAGGGAGAUAUUUACCAGACAGGAACAAGUUUGUCUUGUUGAAGUAGCUAAAGAUGAAAUCUCUUUUCCAAUAUGGCCGAGCCCGACAUAAACACAAACACUACCUGUAACUGAUAAGCUCAGAACUUCCUCUGUGGACCUUUAAAAGCAGGGGGCGAUUGAUCUGCUCGGCAGUAGAAGCCCCCGAUGCUUUUAUUUUUGCUGCUGUUACCUGCUUUCACUUUCUUGUUGUUCACAGAGUUCUCGUGCUUUGAGAAGUAUAUUAUUACUGUAAAUAUAUAGAAAUAUAUGUCGUUUACUCAUCAGACCUGGAACAAUACUAACUUGUAAUACUGAUCCAUCGGUUUGCCGCCGUUUGAUCUGCUCUGGAAGAAGUUUAUCAGUCGUAGAGAAAGUGUUCUGCAUCCCUAAAGUCAUCUGAGUCUGCAGAUAUCUGAUAAUUCAGUGAAGGGUAUUAAAAUCUAGCAAUGAUGGUGGUUUUAUCUAAGCUAUACAGUGUAUGGUGUCUUUACAAGCAUACCUCCUCUAAAGGGUUGACACAAUAGAAGUUAUGGACCCAAAUGAAAAGUAAACCUCAUUUUUGCAGUAGCUGUUAUGCACACAGAGAAGUCACAUAUUUGUUUUAAUCUUUUUAUAUGACGAUAUUUUGUUAUGAAGAGUGCUACACAUUUCAUUUAUCUUCUGUCUUUGGAUUCCCACUGGUGGAUUUUCUUCCUGCAAACAUGUUAACAUCAUAGAGUCAUGUAGGUCCUGACCUCCCAAAAGGUUGUAUCUAUUGAUAUUAUCUGCAGGAGUUUUGGUCUCACAUCUGCUCCUGUUUUGGCCUUGGAUGCGAAUGUGUUAAAAGGCUUAAGAUUUCAGAGUGAAGGUCAGCAAUGUUUUGAUUUUUUGGAACCGCCUCAAGAAAACUUCAACUCUAAUGGAAAAAGGAAAUUCAAUAUUGGACUUGUCAAGUGUCCUGAAUAUUCUGUUUCCUCUUUGGAUUUUCUAAAUUUUGAGUAACAGUGGUAUUGAAAACUACAAGUUGAUAGACAAAAUAUUCAGUAACAACUUUAACACUUUUUUUUUUUAUCUUGUGGGAAAAAGUUAAUCAUUUUGUUUGCACAAGAUAAUUAACUUGUUCCCACAAGAUAGUAAUUUCUGUGCAUAAGAUAAAAUAAUAUCACAGGACUUUCGAGGCUCCAUAGAAAAUAAAAUUUGAUAAGUAGAGCUUUCUCCAUCACGUGUUGGCUCUGUGCAUCUGUAGUCGUUAGAGACGCGUGUGAAUUUGUAGUAGAUUAUCUUGUGCACACAAGAUUAAAAAAUAUCACUUAACAGAACUUGAAAGCCUCCAUAGAUUUGCAUUCCUUUCUAUAAUCAAACUGUUGUACAUUUAACACCUGCUGAAUCAAUAUUUGGGGGAAGGCUGGAUUGCAGAUAAUUCACUUCUGGGAACUCAGGACUUGGAGUUCAUCAUUGUCUACUCACCAUGAAACAAAAAAGAACUUGCUCUCAAGAUGCCUAAUUGAAAUGCAGGUCGGUUUGUUUACCUUGAACCUCAUAGAAACGUAACCUCAAAGUUUCUCUUUCUCAUUUCUCCACUGAACACAAGGAUCAUGUUCUCUGGGCCCUGCUGUGGUUUAAAUACUAUUAGUUCUGUGCUGUAUUUACACUGGCAGCAUUCUGAACAUUUAGCAGUUCAACUACUGAUAAGACUCAUUGACAGUACACACCACAGUAUAGAUACUUGUAGCCUUUGCUUUUCCAUUAAAGCACUAAGUCAUGUAUGUGUCGCCAUGCCAACAUUUUUGCCAAGUGGGUUCAGGUGCCUUACAAGCACUUUCACUUCCUCAGCACUAUUUUUGUCUGUGUAAUAUUCUAAUCUUACAAUGGAAACAUAACAUGUAGUAGUUACAUGAUUUAAAACAAAUGUAUGUAUAUAGAAAAACAUUGUGUGGUAAAGUAUGUUUACACCAUUGAGUUCAUUAGUACUUUGUAUUGGGACAUUAGCGUACAAGAUAUAUUAAAUCAAAGGUAACCAUAGCAACAGUACUGAUGUUUUACGAUACAUCACCAGAUAGCUCUCACUGGUGAACCUUAAAAAUACGAUACAUUCCUAUGUGUCCUUUUAUAGAAAGUUACAGACUUGUUAUAAGAAAGCAAACACUUUCUUCACAUCGCUUGUUAUCUUAUGUUGUCGACUCACCUCACGGAGCUGCUCGUAACACUUUCAGAAACUCACAAACUUAUCCACAUUUAGCAGGCUGCAGAUUCUCCACAAGGGGGGGCCGUUCACACAUCAUCAGAGCAGGAAAUGUUGUCAACAUCAGGACUCCACCUGCAAUAUUGCAAACUUAAAUACUUUUUACUGUAGCAUGAGUUUUAACAAUGACCAGUGUGUCUCAUUUAGAUAAAACUUCAAGGGUGAGUUCAGUAUCUUUCAACUCAGACCAUACAUUAACAUGUUUGUUUCUAUGUGACUAGUGGGAUUGACAGUUGUUAAAACUGGUCCAGUGCUGAGCGGGAGGGCUGCAGCCAGCAGCUGUUUAACAGGUUGCAAUGUCACCAAUAUUGGUCAUGUUCCCUACUCAGAUUAUGUCCAUUAAAAGUGCUUGUUUUUGCCACUGACAGGCUUAGAUUACUAUUAGAAGUGUCCAACAAAUUUAUUUAAAGGAUUCCGGCAGAAACACCUUUUUUAAAAAAAAAAAAAAAAAAAGGAGUAAGAACCUUUUUAUUUUAACCAGAAACAGCCUUGAAGUCACCAUCACCUAACCGACCAAACUUAAUUUGAAUAAACAUUAAUUUUAGUGUAUGAAGUUAAAUGGUUAGUUGGCUUUGGUUAUAAAUCUUUUGGGGCAGUUUCUGAUUAAACAAAAAGGAUCUCACUCUUUAACAAAAAGAUCUAUCUCUGUAGGGAUCCUUUCCAUAAUGUCAGAAACUUUAAACAAUAAUCUGAGCUGGUCAGUGGCAAAAACAAGCACUUUUAGCCAGCUGAAAUUGACAGUGCACAAUUGCCCCUUAUUGUUGCAUUGCAGCCUGUUUCAGGCUGGUUGCAGCUGUCUUGCUUAACACUGGACCGGUUUUAAAAGUUGUUGCCCCCAUUAGUCAUGUAGACAAAAGAUAAGAAGAUAGGGCCCAGGUUUAAAACAUACCAAACGUACCCUUUAAUUGUAAGCAAGUGGCCCCUUUUGAAAGAACAAACUAUGUAAUCUAAAAUUUGGAAAAAUGUGGUUUUAUAGAAAAGAGAAGUGCAUCAUUAUUUUUGAUGAAGUAAUAUUCAUUUUCAAAGAAGUGUGCCUCCUUGUGGCCACAGCUGUUACUUUGAUUAUGAGGUUAUGAUAAUGUAAAGCUGCAGCGGUGUGAUAACUGUGUUUAUUUAUGAAGCUGAAUUAUCUGUGUCCAACACACUUUAACCAAAUCGUACUUCAGUGUGCCAGUGUAGCUACAGCACAGCACAGGACAGUUGGUGGUGGAAGAAAUAUCACACAUGACCUCUUAAAUAUUUCACAUGCCUUCGGAGAUGCAGUUACAUAGAGAAAAGUGAUAAAGGAUAUGAAUGUUUUACCUUCUAUGAAGGCUGAGGUUGAAUAUUUUUAUAUGCAGGUUUGGGGCUAAAUGAAAGGACUGUUGGCUUUUGUAUGUGUUCAGUGAUCUGUGAUGUGUGACCUCCAGUGUUUCCUCUAUGACUUCACUUGUGUUUGUAGGUCAGUUGGGUUUCAAAUUUGUUCCUGUUUGUUUACUCCUCUACUGAACACCUACAGAGAAAACAGUGGAUGGUUGUAAACGCAGAAUGUGUGAGUGACGUGUAUAAUGGUGAUCUAAUGCUUAUCCUAAGUGUGGAGUUAAACAUGUGCAUAUAGAUAACUACACAGAGUGAAUGUAGGUAAACAAGAUGAGCACAUUUAUUUGUAUGUAUGUCUACAAACACAACGUGAAGAUUCUGAGGUGUUUUGUGUUCAGAGAAGGCUCAGUCAGAAAUAUGUGAACUCUUGGGAAACCAGUUUUACUGAUUUUUAAGCGAUGGGUGACAAAAUAAUCUCUACUUUUUACUUCCAGUGAUUGAGGAUAGUCUGAGGUUUAGUCAGUAACAAUCCUGAUGUUAGAUUCUGUAACACUCAGUCUGUCAUGUAAACUAACACAGGAAGUUGCGGAUUUAAAGGCACAGUCAGCAACUUUAAUCUAAUACACUUUUUGUUGAAUUCAGCAGAUAUGUCCUCAUGGUCUGCUUCCUGUCUGAUCUGUGUGUGUGUGUGUGUGUGUGUGUGUGUUCAUACACAGCCCUAGCUCUGUAAAUGGCAAACAAACAAAGUUGCUCAGACCCAGCUACACAUCACUAUUGCAGCCAAUCAGUAACAGGGGGCGUUUGUGCUUGUGCACAGGACAGGAGAAAGGCCAUGGAUGCAUUCGGGUAUAUCGGGUGGUACGCAGGGGACACAUCCCCCUCAAUAUGUGUGUACACUUGUCUCCCCUGCUCCCCAUAAAACAGUGGAGUAGCAGAGGACUUUAGUGUUGACAAAAUUAAAGACAUUUAUACCUUAAAAUGAAGAAGAAAAGGGACAAAUUGAUGCAUAAAAAAUCACCAGGAUGCAGGAAAUUAAGUGUUUGAUGCUCAGUUAUCUGGCAGAGGACCUUCUGAGGGAGUGCUGAGGUGGAGGGGUGUAUUUAUUUUCAUGUUUACUUCAAAUAAUAUUCUUUCUCCAGAAUUACUGACUCCAACUUUACGUGCAGUUAGCAGUUUACAUCUGAUAGCAUGUGGUCUGGACAUAUGCUAAAUGCAACUAUACAGAAACAAUUUUUUUUAAAAGAAGACUGACAUAAUUUGAUCUCACUAUAUCACCUCUACAUCUCUAAAUUUAGCAUCCUCUUAUUUGUAAAUGUGCUGAAUCAGAAAGUGCAUAUUAAAAUACUUACUUUAUGACACAAAAAAAUAAACAAAAUAGACCCCAAACCACAGAGUUCACAGUUUUUAUGUGUUCAAGGGCCCCGUGGUGACUGAGGGACCCUAUAAGCACCCUGUUAUUUCGCAAUGCCUUUUGGUGUCCUCGUAAAUAAUGGAAUAUGAUGCAGUUUAUUGUUGUGUCUCCAGAAGCUCUGCAGCUUCAUCUGCUGCAGCGCUAACACACUGAACAGUUUCUGAACUACAACAGACAUCAUCUAUUGUUAUUCUUAUCCAUGGCCCAUUUGUUUUUCUUGCCCUUUCAUUAACAUGCUUUCAUAACAUUGCAUUGUAUGCACUCGUGCCAAUAAAGCCACCUUAAUUAAAACAAAGGAAUCAAUCAAAAACUCCAAACUAGGACCACAUGGUUUCCCUUGCACCCCAUCUAAUAUGAAUGAGCUGAACAUUCUUUUAUCAAGAGAAAGAAAAGAUGGAAGGAUCCACGUAGAGAGCUCAGAGUUGCUGCUGAAAACUAGACUGAGGUAAUUUAAUUAUUUUUGUACAUUCCACAAACUGUGUAACUUCUUACGUCUUCUGAUUGACCAGUUGAUUGUUGAACUGAAAAUGACAGUUGUCAAUAGACAUUUUUAUGUAAAUCCUGAGUGGUACUAAUAAUGUAAUAACCUACAGUACAUCAGUAUUCAC